AGACGUGCCGCGUCACGGCACAGACGGCUGGCGGUACGUAUAUAACGUCCGGCGCCAGCGCCUUUUCACCAGUGCCGCAACACAGACCAUCCGACGCCAUGAACUCUCAGCUGGUUGUGCUGGCCGCCCUGCUGGCCGUGGCCGUGGCCAUGCCGCGCUACGUCCUGGUGCCCGUCGAGGAGCUGGAGCACAUGCCGCCGCACGUCCGCGUGGCACGCCAGGCGCCGCUGCCCGUGGAGCAGGCUGACGCCUCCGACCGGUACGAGCGUCAGACGCCCGGCGGCUACGACGGCGGACUGCAGGUCGACUACGGCGCGUACACGGGCAAGAAGGGCGCGUUCGGCUGGUACGCCGACUACCCGGUCUACAGCUACGGCCGUCACUGAUCCGCCCCUCACCGACCGCCAACGCCACGUCUUUCACGAUUGUUAUUGUUAAUACAGACGAAGACGAGAAGUACGUA